GUUGGGGAGAAAGCGCCGUGAUAUAUGAUAAUAUGAGGCGGUGGUGCCGUGGUGGGGGUUUAUUGUUCUUUUUUCAAACAUUAAGGGGGGCAAUUGAUCUUUUUACAAAAGAAAAAGGGAAGAGUGUGAUAAAAUACCAUUUGUCCAAAGAGGAAGCAGAAGAGAAAGGGAGAAGCUGUUCAGCUUGGUUCAGUCUCGGUUUUGAUACUGUAACUUUGAGAUUUAAUUUUAUCAAGAUUGAGUGGGAGAAAAUUCAAGAUUUUCUCAUAAAUGGAGAUCCACGUAAAGAAGACAAGUGUUGUACGCCCCGCUCAACAAACGCCAAGCCAUUCUCUAUGGAUCUCAAACUUGGAUCUGCUGAACGCACACUUCGGUCAGGUGCCUCUGGUGUACUUCUACCGGCGGCCGGCGGUGUCUGAAAGAUCCGAUUUCUUUGACACUUCACUGCUUAAGGAGGCUUUGAGCAAAGCUCUUGUGGCGUUCUACCCUUUGGCUGGAAGGCUGAAAAGGGACGAAAAUGGGAGGCUGCAGAUUGAGUGUAAUGCAGAAGGAGUUUUGUUCAUGGAGGCUGAAACAAGUUGUGUUAUUGAUGAUGAGUUUGGUGAUGAUAACUUCACCCCAAGCUUGAGGAUGAGGCAGCUCGUUCCAAGUCUUGAUUAUUCAUCUACAAAUAUCUCAUCUUCUCCGCUGCUAGUGUCACAGGUAACUUAUUUCAAGUGUGGAGGGGUUUGUCUUGGCGUUGGAUGGCAUCAUAUAUUGGGAGAUGGAACUUUUGGAUUGAAUUUCAUCAAAUCAUGGGUUGAGAUAUCAUCUGGUUUUUCUAUUAGUAACCCACCCUUUAUUGAUCGAACCAUACUAAAAUCUAGAACCCCACCUUAUCCCACAUUCGAUCACAUCAAAUACCACCCACCUCCUCAGUUACAAUCCGGUGUUUUACCCACUUCCAUGACUAGAGUUGAACUAUCACUUGAUAGAAUCAGCUUCCUUAAAACAAAAUUCAAGAAAGAUCAAGACGUCACAUAUUCCACUUAUGAAAUUCUAGCAGCACAUGUUUGGCGUUGCUUAUGCAAAGCUCGUGGUUUGCCUAAUGAUCAAGCAACUAAGUUGUACAUACCCACAAAUGGACGGUCGAGGUUCAAUCCUCCACUCCCAUUGGGGUAUCUCGGGAAUGUCAUAUUUGCUGCCACACCGAUUGCCUUGGCAGAUGAUAUUCGAUCCAAAUCGUUGAUUUACGUUGUGAAGAUUAUUCAUGAAGCAUUAAAGCGAAUGGAUGACGAGUACUUGAGAUCAGCAUUAGCUUACGUUGAAAAACAUUACAAUGAUCUAACCUGUCUCAAACAAGGAGCCCCCAGUUGCAAUUCUCCUAACCUAAGGAUAGUGAGUUGGGGUGGAAUGCCUAUAUGUGAUACGAAUUUUGGAUGGGGCAGUCCAAUCUAUAUGGGCCGGGCGAUUGUUCCAUUUGAAGGGCAAUCAUUUAUCUUGCCAAGGCCAUCAAAUGAAAGGAGUUUCUCUUUAAUUAUACGCUUGGAGACUCGUCACAUAGAGCUCUUCAAGAAUUUCUUUUAUAGUGAAGGAGUUGGCUCCAUAAAAAAAUAUUAUAAGCCUAGUGCUUUAUAAAAAUAAAAAAUAAAUUAAAAUUUAGGAGCGAAUUGUUCAUCUCUUUUAAGAUUGUAAGCAUACCCUGAUGAACAAUAUCUUCUUUUGGUACUCUAUAUUUUUUUUCACGGAGGCUGAAACAGGUUUUUUUAUUGAUAAAUAGUUU